ACCCCUGCUCUUGGACCCGUUACUGUAUCUGUAUCUAUCACUCUACCUACUGACGACCUUCUGGGGCACAAGAGAAGACGGUGAGCUUUGUAGGAGUCUUGGUGCUUGUCUCUCCUUUUUCUACAUCUUUUGAAAAGGGGAUACGCCCUCCAUCUUGUGAAAACCUGACUGCAUUGAUAAUUCUUCCAACUUCACCCCAGACUGCUAUCCGCACUCUCAUCUCCUCUUCUGGAACCCAUACUUUAAUACCCAGCAAAGAUGACAGCAGACAUUAUAACCGCUACCGUCUCCGCACCCCAAUACCGCGUCCUGAUUGCGGGCGGUUGUUACGGUGGUCUCUCGGCUGCUGUCCACAUCCUAGAGAAGUGCGACGCCCUAGACUCGCCUAUAAGCGUCGACGUCACUAUUGUCGACGAGCGCGAUGGGUACUAUCAUAUAAUUGGCUCGCCUCUGGCUAUGGCCUCAAGAGAGUAUGCAGAGAAGGCCUGGGUAGAAUAUAAGCACGUCAAGGUGCUACAGCGUCCCAACGUGACGUUCGUCCAAGGCACUGUCGCCAACGUAGAUUGCGAGAAUAAGAAGGCCACCAUCUCAGAACACAAGACACAAAAGACGAGGAUAGAAAGCUACGACUUCUUCAUUGGCACCACUGGUUUACGGAGGGCAUGGCCAGUCGUGCCUCAGUCGCUGACGCGCGAAGAGUAUCUUACGGAGGUCGGAACACACUGUGACAAGGUGCUUAACAGCACUGCGCCGGUGCUCGUCGUAGGCGGAGGUGCUGUUGGAAUUGAGAUGGCUGCCGAGUUGAAAUACCUGAAGCCUAGUGUCCACGUGACGCUCGCGCACUCAAGAGACAAGCUCCUAUCCGCCGAGCCGCUGCCAGACAUGGUUAAGGACUGCGCAUGUGAGCUAGCAGAGCAAGGAGGUGUCGAGGUUCUUCUGAACCACCGCCUCGCAAGCCGCACACCCAUCAAGGGUGCAGACGGGUCAGAUCUCUAUGAGGUCGAGUUCACCAACGGCCACAAGAUGACGGCGAGCGAGGUCAUCAUGGCCAUCUCCAGAAGCGUCCCUUCCACCAGCUACCUGCCGCAACAAGCCCUCAACAGCGAGGGUUACGUCAACAUCCGUGCCACCAUGCACUUCCCCGCCGAAGUCGCCAACGCCGACUCGCAUUUCGCCGCCGGGGACAUAAUCAACUGGUCGGGCAUCAAGCGCUGCGGUGGCGCGCUGCACGGGGGCUACAUGGCCGCGGUCAACAUCCACCAGACCAUGCUGCAGCAGCUGCACGGCAAGGAGCCAGAGUUCCUUAAGCUGAGCGAGAUCCCGCCCAUGAUCGGUCUGGCCGUGGGCGAGAACGCCGUCUCGUACGGCGCCGACGGCAUGAACUACGGUCCGCAGGUGAUGCGGCUAUUCUUCGAGGAGGAUUUAGGAUUUAGAAUUGUGUGGGACCACCUCCGACUCGGUGGUGUCGCAAAAUAGACUCGGCGACGGAUGACGGUUGGGUAGAGGUAGAUUUCUUGACACAGGCGCUCGGCGUUAUGGGUGCCCAGAUACAUUGGGCAGAGGGAAGGUGGCCACGGGUUGAUUUCAAUAUAGAUAUUUAUUG